AUGGCCGCCGACCCCACAUAUCCUCUGUAUCCCGUCAUUGCUUUCGUCGGGUUCGUUCUCGCGUUGAUACCCCUGCCAUGGCACCUACAGUCCUGGAAUUCCGGAACCUGCUAUUAUAUGAUCUGGACGGCACUCGCGUGCCUUAACGAGUUUAUCAAUUCCGUUAUCUGGGCGAAUACCGUCCUGGAUGUUGCGCCUGUCUGGUGCGAUGUCUCCACAAGGAUUACGGUUGGCGCAUCAGUUGGUAUUCCCGCUGCUUCUCUCUGUAUCAAUCGUCGACUAUAUAAAAUCGCACGUAUGCAUGCGGUGGGAACGACGAAAUCCGAGAAACGGCGCGCCAUCCUUAUUGACUCUCUCAUCUGUGUACUCUUUCCGGUGAUUUGCAUUGCUCUUUCGUACAUUGUGCAGGGUCACCGCUACAACCUCUUUGAGAUACUCGGCUGCUAUCCUGCGAUAUAUAACACUAUCCCCGCAUAUCCAUUGGUUUACAUGUGGCCGGUCGCCAUCGGCUUGGUGUCGGCGGUGUAUUGCGUCCUCUCGUUACGUUCUCUGCUUGCCCGACAAGCCCAAUUCCGCGAAUUCAUCUCGGCAACCACAGGGUUGACCAGCAGUCGUUACUUUCGUCUCAUGGCCCUGGCUGCGACAGAGCUUCUCUUCACUGUUCCAUUUGGGAUCUACCAGAUCUACUGUAACUCUCUCGGCGGCGUCGCCCCCUGGCAGGGUUGGGCUAACACCCACUACGACUUCUCCCGGGUGGAUCAAUACGCUGCUAUUCUUUGGACGUCUGACCCUUCCCUCGCCGUUCCACUGCAGCUGAGUCGCUGGAUCAUAGUUUCCUGCGCUUUCAUAUUCUUUGCUUUCUUCGGCUUCGCGGAAGAAGCGCGGAAACGCUACUACGCCAUUUACUCCGCGAUUGGCUCUCGUUUGCAAGCUCUGCGUGUGUUGGGCUUUAGGCAUCGGAGCGAGUCGAAACAUGCCCCCACGCAGCCGAAAGCCCCCUGCUACCCAGAGGAAUCGUUGCCCGCAUAUACGCCACCUGCUUGGUCUCCCGGAUGGCGCUCCCUGGCAUCCGUUACAGUCGCCGACAGCGACCCUUCCCCCAUCGACUCGUCGUUCUCCGACAAGUUCCCAACAGACUUCACUCAAUCUGCGCACGACAAAUGCUGA